UUCCUCCUUGUAGUGUAGUUGCAUUAAUUCCGAAUUUUUCUACUUAAUUAAAUUUGUGAAUGGGAUAUAAUAUCAUCCUAACAGCUAUAAUAUGAUAAAGUAUUAUUCAAAUCAGAAAAAUAAAAUAUUAAAAGUUUGCUAAUAAAAAUGACAGACAAAGUGACUGAAGUAGAACAUAUAGUGACUGGAUGGUAAAUUUGAGCUGUGAGGAGACACAUUUUCAACCUCAGCCAAAAAUACCAGUUAAAACCAAUUACUAUUUUGUUGUAUAAAUAAACAAAGGCGGAAAAUUGUAGAAAUUUCUCAAAAUAUUCAGUAUUUUUAGCUGGCGUAUGUAUGCAGCACCAGUGUAAUUUGUAAACGGUGUGGGAGUAAACGUGGUAAUUAAUGUUUACAUAUGUAUACUUUAAGUGGAAAUGUAAAUAUGCAAUAACGGUAUAUGUUGCGGGUGCAAAAUUAGUAAUUUUUAAAAUUAUUUGUAAAACAUAAGAAUGAUAAUGAUAUGUAAACUUAUAUUUUUUUACCUUGGUUAAUUACUAUUGAUUUGGCUAUAACACGCAUCAAAGCAACAACAAACGAUUACGACGGCCAAGGGCAGGAGGUAAACGACGAGAGUGUAAAGUAUUUAUUUUUAAUUUACCUCACCAAUACGUUCAACACUUUCGAAUAAUUGUUUGCUGCUUUAAUGGCAAUAGCCAACAGCUUUUUGGCGGUCGGCGACAAAAUAUUUGAGCACGACAACCACGAGAUAGGCAACCCCAAGCGAUAACUGAGGCGCAUAGUAAAGCAGCACACCUAAGCAUGCACUUGUGUCCUUCAUUGUUGUGUCGGAAAUUUGCAAGUUGAAACCGAGAUAUAACACGUGCCGCGCACAAUACAAUAAAAAAGUGUACGAUAUAUAUAUUUAUAAUAAAUAAACAAAUUUGAAAAAAAUCUUUAGAGCCUAAUGCGAAAGCCUCUCGAUGAAAAUGCUCUCCAUUCAGCAAGUGAUCAAAGCUCUCCGAAAGCUACAAAACAGUAGGGCUAAAAAUGUUGGCGGUGAGUUAAUAAACCAAAACUUCAAUCGAAUUGUGGCUGAAUCGUCGGAGACCACCACUAAAUUUGAAAAUGUAGUGGCCGCGGUACCAGCGUUUGUAGGCGCAAUUUCUCCAACCAAUAAAAGUGCAUUUGCAUUGGCACCGACAAUUGUGACGUCACCACAAUCGUUAGUCGAUGAGAUGAUAUCAUCACAACAACAACAACUGCAACCCCACCAAAUUGAGAAUACGCAACAGCUGUUCCUGGCAACUAAUUCUAGUCAUCGACAACAAACAUAUCAGCCACUGCGGCAUUCACAAGUACACGAAGUCAAAUGUGGAACUAGUCCACAACGUAGCGUCAGUGUUGAUUUGCCAGCGAUUGAAAACGGUGGUGUCAGAGCUGGUGCGCGAGACCAAAUUGGCGUAAAUUCAUAUAAGACGACAACAACAACAAAUGCGCAUGCUUCAAAUUAUAGAAAAGCAAUCGUGUCUGCAACUAUAACACGCUCUCAACAGAUACAGAAGUUCUAUCAGCAGCAUCUGCAUCACUUCCAUACACAGAAUAAUCAAAGUUUAGAAAAUAAACAAACACAAUAUAACGCAAUGUCAUCACUGGCUGCUGAACCUAAAACCUUAAAGCAGGACGAACAAACUGCGGCCACCACAAAUGGGCAACAUACGUCACAAGAUGGAAAUACUACUAGUAAUGGUAGCAGUUGUAAUGGCAAUGAACAGAAAAAUUCUUCUGGUAAGCCAUGCUUCAACGCCGGGCUGGGCCAAAUAAUACAGUUCAUGGAGUUAAUAGGCAAUUUAAAGCAUACGAAGCGUACCGGAUGGGUGCUGCGAAACGUCAGUGACCCCGAAUCUAUAUCGGGUCAUAUGUAUCGCAUGAGUAUGAUGACUUUUCUACUGGACGGUAGCGAAGGUCUUAAUCAGAUACGCUGCAUGGAAUUGGCUUUGGUGCACGAUCUGGCUGAGAGUGUAGUUGGCGAUCUCACGCCGUUUUGUGGCGUCUCCAAAACGGACAAACGCGCUAUGGAAUUCAAGGCAAUGGAAGACAUUUGCAAGUUAAUAGAACCGCGCGGCAAGCGUAUCAUGGAACUUUUUGAGGAAUACGAAGCUGGUGAAAGCGCUGAAUCAAAAUUUGUCAAAGACCUCGAUCGACUCGAUAUGAUUAUGCAAGCAUUUGAAUAUGAGAAACGUGAUAAUUGUCUUUUGAAACAUCAGGAGUUCUUCGAUUCUACUGAAGGUAAAUUCAAUCAUCCAUUCAUCAAGAAACUGGUUGAUGAAAUCUACGACCAGCGACAGAAUUUGGCGCGCGCCGAAGGUGCUACGCCACCACCGCCAGUGCAGGUGCCCGAUAUUGAGGCAUUGCCUAGCACUAAUGGUCAACACAAGAGCGCGGAUGCUGCGCCAGCGAUCGAGGAAGCAGCCGUGGAAUCGCCAAAGAGCAAAACCAGCACCACUAGUUGAUUGCGCAGCAGCACGUAAGGCAUGCAAAAGUUGCAAAAAAUAAAAAGAAAUAGCAGCACUGGCAAAAUAUGCAUAUGCCACGGCAACUGUCAAACACGGAUUUGUUUGACAAGUUUUUAAAUAAUUUUCUCUCAGUUAAGUUAAAUAAACUAAUAAUCGCGAUAGUUAGUACUUUAUUCUGUGCAUAGUAGAUUUUAUUUUGCUUUUGCACCAAGUCAACAAACAAAAACAAAAACUAACUGUUCAUUUAAUUUAUCACUCGUCUUAGUGCACAUGGUAUUUAAAAGUGUAAUGUUAAAUAGUCUAAGUUAAAUUAAAAUAUAAUUUAAUAACCAUCCUAUUACCUGCACGCUACAACAAAAGGUUGUAAAGCGAGAAUUUUAACGAUGUUUUUAAUUUUUAUUGUAAUACAAAAGCAGUGACAUUACAUUCAUAGUUAUUUCGAUAAACGUUAUAAGUAACCCAUUGUUUCAUGCUACAUCGUAAUUUGCUGUAAUAGCAAAUUUUAUCGGCAUUAUAGACACUUAUGUAAUUUAAUUUGUACAAUACUAACAACAUUAAAGCACUGGGAUUUGUUGUUAUAGCAUAAAACAACCAGCUUGCUGCUUCAGUGAUAGUCCUUGGUAGAAUAUAACAAAUACCGAUGUGGUAGAUUCCACUGUGGUAGGUAUGAUUAAAUCUGUGGUAAAAGAAGGUAAACGUUAAAAAGUUUUUUGUUUUAUUGGUACCACAACAAUCAAUACCGUGUCCAGUAACAGUUAAAUAAGACUGAAGAAGUUAAGCGGAUUGCAAAUGUAUAAACGCUAAAAUUGAAAUUCUAUUAAAUACAAGUGUCACAUGCAAUUUAACUUAUAUUUAUCUGCUCUUUUAGUGUCUACUGUUAUGAUUCUAAUAUUUUAUGAAGCAUACACAUUGUGAUAACUUUCAUCCUUUUACUUCAUUUGCAACUGCAGCAACGAUAACCAAAUAAAAAAUAUUGAUUAUUUGCAAUAGGUGAGAUACUUAA